AUGAAUUUUGAAAAUUACACUUACAUAUUUUAUGUCAACACUUAAAUUAGAAUAUAUCAUAAGCCAUUAAAAGAAAUAGAAGAUGAAGUGAAAUAGGCUCUUUUGGAAAACCCAAAUGACGUAGAGCAUUUAAUAAUAUUUGAUCAAAUUCUCUUUAAAUACCAUCUUGAUUAUACUGCUGCUAUUAAAGUUAUAAAAUAAGUUCUCUAAAUCUAAGCAGAUUGCAUAGAUGGGCGUAUAGAUUUGAUACAAAUAAUACUAGAUUUUAAACUGAGCUCAUAUGAAGAUUGUUUUUAAUUAUUAGAAGAGUGCAUGCGAAUUGAUCCUUCGUAUUGGCGAAUUUAUUUUACGAAAAUAAGGAUUUUAGAUAAUAUUGGAGAUGAUGAUGAAAAAGUAAUGAAAGAAGUUGACAGAUGCAUGAAACUAUAUCCUUAAAAUAAAUAUUUUAUUAUUUAUAAUGCAUAAAUUUUAUCAGAGCAAACAGAUAAAAGAGAGUAGGUGCAGUGCCUGCUUGAUCCCUAUAAAAAUAGCACAGAGUUAGAUUUUGAUUUGCUAAGAAGAAUCUCUUAUGCUUAUGGAAACUUAAAAUAAGGAAAAGAAGCUAUUGAAUACAUAAAACAAGCUAUUAAAUUUAAUUAAAAUUCAUACAUAGCAUAUAAUGAAUUUGGAUAUUUAGAAAGGUCAGUUAAUAAUAAUAAUUACACUUGCUUGGAAUAUUGCUUAGUUUCCUUAAAGCUCAAUCCUAGGUAUACUUUUACUUUAAAUAACUUAGCAGCUACUUUCAAAAUUCUAAACAAAUAAUAAGAGUGCAUAAAAUGCUAGAAGAAAGCAUUGCAGCUAAAGAGUAAUCCUUUUUCAUAUCAUUAACUUGUGUACGAUUUUUAUGAAAUGCAAAGCAUAGAUGAAGCUAAAUACUAUUCUUAUAAAAGUGUUCAAAAAUUCUAAUAAGAUAAGUCAAGCAAUUUUCUAUUACAAAAAAUAAACAGAAAAUAAUUCAGUAAUACAAUUUUAGAUUAUGAAGAAUAAGAAUUAUAAGGUAUAAAAUGUCUUAAUUUUAAAGUGGAAAAUCUAUAACAAGAAGAAGACUAUGUGGAAACUUCAAUAACAUAAAAUGAAGUUUACGAGGAUGAUUGA